CCGUCUUCUCGCUACAGUGGAUUUGAUAUCUUCUCCGACGAAAUCAACGGCGCCGGUGGAAGAACUGCUUUUGUCGGGUUUGUGGUGCUCAUGGAUACAAGAAAGAUUCCAGUGUUCUGUUAUUGGAAUGGAUGUAUAAAAGAUGGUCCUGAUGGUCCAUUCUAUGAAGGUUCAAGUCCAAGAGUGAUCAGAGUUGAUAGAAAAAUCGAAUUAUCCCAAUUGUUGGAGGAUCUGCAUCGAGUUACUGGUUUUGAGAAGGGAAAGUUUCAGAUUGAUUUGAUUGGUAGGUACCCUUCCAUUGUUCAACAACCGAUGGUCAGGUAUAUGCGUUUGCCUGUUAUGGAUGAUUGUAGCCUUGAGACCAUCCCAGAGGUUCCAAUCUACCAUCCUUGUAUCAACAAUGUGGAGUUAUAUUUAGAGAUCAAAGCAGUUGUUUCUGAUGAAGGAACUGUUCAUAUAUCUCAUCAGUCGCCAUUGGAAGAUAAUGCAAACCGAAAGCGUUCUCGGCAAGAGGAGGCUAGCGUCAAUGCAGAUGUAAAUGUGAGUGUGAGGAACACUAAACUAAGAAGUCUGCCGGAGGAUAACCAUAAUGGGUGGAUUGAAGAUGAGGAGAGUACAGAUGUGCCAGAGUAUAACCAUAAUGGGUGGAUUGAAGAUGAAGCGAGUACAGAUGUGCCGGAGGAUAACCAUAAUGGGUGGAUUGAAGAUGAGGAGAGUACAGAUGCCUGAAACCGUUGUGAUAACGGGGUUGUUGCACAGAAGGAUCCAAAAUUGAAAAAGCCAACUCUAACGAAAGCCAUGUUUUAAAAAUCGCUAGGCGUUAGUCGGGCGGUGAGGGAGGGCCUAGCGAUUAAUCGGCAAAUCGGAUUUAAAUCAGGGAUUAAUCGGGGAUUAAUCGGGGAUUAGUUUUAGGGGUUUUAUCCAUAUAUACGUAUAAUAUAUUAAAUCUGUAACAAAUAACAAAGAGUUAAGACUGGUCCAGCGGUUUUUUA